AUGGUCGAUUCUCCUGGUGAGCCCGAAUCGGAUGGCGAAGAAAAGAAAGUAGUAAAAGAAGUCCCCGUCGUUCAGGACCAAGGGUUCUUCCGACAUAACACAGGCGACACCUAUGAUGGAUUCUUUGAAGCCAAAAAGAAGGACCGGAGCGUUAAAAUGCACGGCCCUGGAGUUUACACAACAAAUGAAGGCGACAUCUACGCCGGGAAUUGGGAAGCUGACCGAUUUGGUGCUAAUGAAGAAGUGUCCAUAAUAUUUACCGAUACAGCUAAAUACGAGGGAACAAUCAAAGACUGGUGUUACGCUGGCCCGGGAAGGUAUAUUUAUCCAGAUGGAAGCACGCUUGUUUGUGAUUUCGUUGAAAAUUCACCUGUUGGGAAACUAAAACUCAUUGACCCCAACGGCCACAUUUGGUUAGGGAAGGCUGAAUGUGGUUUCGCUUGGUUUCAACCGGUUAAUCAUUACUACGAAAUGUUAGAAGCAACGCGUGAUGCCAAAAUUAAGAAACAUCGUAAAAGCAAAGAUGUCGAAGAUGUAGGCAGACACUGA